AUGCAUUCUCUCCUGGCUGAGCGAAUCUAUCCCACUGUUGCCAAAGUUCUUAUUCGAAUUCGAAGUACAGAUGCUGAUUUUCCUGUCCAAUCGUCAACGACAUUAUGGCGUUGGAUGAGAAAGAUCGGUUUUAAAUAUCAAAGAACAUCAAAAGUCAAAGUGCCACUUGAUACUCUCACAUUUAUGGCAGCGCGUGCGCGCUAUUUUGCUGGUCUUGAUGAGCUACGCAGUACUGGUACUAAGAUAUUCUGGUACGAUGAAACAUGGGCCAAUCAAAAUGAAGAGAAGCGUUUUGUCUGGACAGAUGGAAUGACUGGCAAAGGACGAAUGCGAGAUAGGCAGAAUAAAGGUAUUCAUUAUUUUUAUGUUAUCUUAAAUGAACACCAUUUAUAA